UCGCGUAAUACACAGUCGCGGUUUGUCGGUCAUCGAGUGCUGUUGUAGUCGCGUCCGAUGUCGUGAAAAAAAACAACAACACAUAUUUCGGUUUUUUUUCUCACCGCCCGCAGCGUGUCGAAUAUUAAUAGCGCGCGCGCGUCUAGUAUAUUACCGUAGGAGUACCAUGUUGCCGGGUCGCCGAAAGUUUGGCGGAAAUAGCGCGACGUGUGGUGCCGGUAACGAACAGCACAGAGCAUCGACAAAGGCGUUGAACAUGAUCAACAACAACAACAACGUUGAUUACAAGAAGUGUCAAUACUCAUCGCAGCCGUCAGCCGUCACUGUUGCCAAGCCGAGGUACACCCGUCGUGAAAGUAUGGCCAAGGCCACACUUCUGAGGGAGCCUCGGUCGAUGGCGGCUCGCAUUAAGCCUUCCCAGGCCAACCGCAAUCACAGGAUGGACGACAGAAGAAACGGCAGCGGAACGUACGCGUCGACCACUGCGUCGUCGUUGCCGCAGUGCAAGGUGAAGCGUAACUACGCGUGCACCAAGUGCAAUUACUACACGCAGAAUCCCAGAUUUUUUCUGUUCCACCAGAAAAACGUGCACGCCGAAAAAAUCCGCGUGUACGAGUGUUCACAGUGUCUGUACGCGUCCAAGCACAGCCAAAAGUUGCAGAGACACAUACAAAUGGUGCACGUGGCCGGCAAAGGCAAGGCGGCUGCCGCCGCCGCCGCCACCGCAUACAAGCUCAAGGUGCAGCGAGUCGAAAAGGUGGACGCCAGGGCGCCCAUGGGAAACGCCGUGCCGUCGGCUGCUAAACGAUCGAAGAUGUCGGCGUCGGCUGUCCCUGUUCAAACGCGGUCUGAGCGUGACGACGACGACGACGACGAACGCGAACAGGACCAUCGGCGAGAGCCGUCCACGACCGACGAUCGGACCGUGUACGUGCGGUGUUCAGUUUGUCCAUUCGGCAGCCACAGCCAGAUACUGGUAAACCGGCACGAGAAGGUGGCCCAUCUGAAAAAGAAAUUCUUCCGGUGCAUGAAGUGCAACUACGUGACGCACAUGAAAGCGCGGUACACGAAACACGUCAAGUACCACACGAUGCCAAUGAUUAAGUGCGACGACUGCGACUUCCGGACACCGUACAAAUGGAACCUGGACCGGCACAACCGGAACCAUACGGCCAACGGUGCGUACAAGUGUUCGAGCUGUUCGUUUUCGGCCGACAUCAAGCAGAGCUUGACCGUGCACGAGAUGAACCAUCACGUUCCGCCCAUCGGUAAUGUGUUGCCGGCCGCAAAACGAAGGUAUCGAGUGGGGGCGUCGGACGCUCCGGGAUCUGCGGUAGACGGCACGGAGAUAGUAACCUAUGAGACGACCAAAGAUGGUGUCGUCGAGAUAAUGACGGAGACGAAGAGCACGCCCAACAGCUGUUCCAAAGUUAACCCUGUCAAAAGCAUCGUAAAAAAAUCUGUUGUCAACACAGCCGGUAACAUAUCCGUUAAUCUAUUCGCGUGUUCUCUGUGCGAUUAUACUUCGCCGUACGAGUACGAACUAAAAGCUCACGGAGAACGAAUGCACUCAAACGUGUCCUCGGCCGUUCCCAAGAAAAAAUCGGCUCCUAGACCUCUUCCAAAACUCAUUCCUAUUACAGACCGACAACAGCAGCAACAACAGCAUUUAAGAAAUACCGCGGCCGACCGUCCUCCGUCGCCAGCCUUCAAAAUGGUCAGCACUACGGCGCCGGUUUCCGAAGAAGACUUCAACCGGUUGAAAGCCGCUCGGAGUUCUCUGCUUGGCGAUUUCGUGUCGUUGAUCGACGACGAAGGGUUCGCCACGCCAGCGCGCAAAACGGCUCUACACGACGGAGACAAUGCCGCGGACCCGCGGUGUCGCAGUGAAAGCGGUUCGCCCGGCAGCAAAUCGACCGCUUCGUCGUCAUCGUCUUCGGCUAAGCGACCGAGCGGUUCGUCGUUUUUCGACAAGCUCAAAGCCAAAGUAGACGAGACGUCCAACCUCGUGUGUCCCGUGUGUCGACACGAAUCCAAAUGCCUGUCCGAGUACAUGUGCCAUCAGAGGACGCACAACGAUGACGACGACGACGACGACGAGACGAGGCCCGGCGAGAAAGCGCCGUUCGUGUCGUCUUUAGAAUUGAAAUCGACCCGAUGCCAACACUGUCGGAAGCGGUGCAAGACCAGUGCUGAACUAAGAGUUCACCUGCUGAGUACGUGCGAAGCAGCUGCGGCCGCUAUUAGAGCGGGUGUGAAAAGAGAAAACGCGGCCGUGUUGGCGGCGGAAUCGUCGGCGGCGUUGAUAAAAGACGAAUGUCACGAAGAUAGCGGUAACGGUGACACAAAAUCGAGUAUGGCGGCUGCCGGAGAUCUCGGCGGCACUAAUAGUGAAAACGGAAUCCACCAGCAUCCGAUGGAGAACAAAAUUUUCGUGUGGAAUACCGUCGCACCCCCUCCGGAAAAAGAAGAAGAUUAUGACCAAGAGGAUAACGAAGGAGACGGAGUUGAUAUGGCGGAGACGACCAAGUGUCGACGUUUGUCGGUCGAUUCCGCCGUAGAAGACCAGUCCGAUUUGAACGUGCCCGGCGGAGGUCCAGAAUUUUACUCGUCGUUGGUAUUGCAGCCGCACCAACAAUUUCAUCGAAGGGAUAGAAAAAUGUACAAAACUGUUUUCAAAUGUCCGCAUUGCACUUUCUGGGCGUCAACGGCUUCGCGGUUCCACGUUCACAUUGUUGGCCAUCUCAACAAAAAACCGUUUGAAUGUUCGUUCUGCGCGUACCGUUCCAACUGGCGGUGGGACAUCACCAAACACAUUCGGCUCAAGUCGGUCCGUGACGAUUCGCAUCAGGGUGCCAAAGUGCUCAUGACCGACGAGACCGGCAGACGGAACUACACCAAAUACAACAAGUAUCUCACAGUCAUGGAGGUCGAUGACAAAACCGAUUGUGACGGUGGUGCACGUGGCGUGGGUAGUUCUAGCGGGAAAGUGCAAUCUCAGCAGCAGCAGCAACAGCAACAACAACGGGCGAGCGGCCGCAAGAGAACUCAGAAGACACACGGGCAACUAACCGUUGUGUUGGCUACAACGGCAGCCGGCAAGCCGGCAACCAGUGGUCGAGUGCAAGCCUCUACCGACGGUCCAACUCAUCCUAAAGUAGCGGCUUUGUCUGUGAGAGCAUUAGCAGCAGCGGCAGCUUUAAAAGCCGAGAGCGAAAAAAAUCAGACCCUAACUGUCGGUAAAAAGCUCAAAGUUGGUACAGCCGACAAGACAAUGAGGAGUCCUUUGGCGCCGAAUUCAACUGAAAAUAAGAAAACUGUAUGGAAAUGUAAAAAAUGUUUCUUUAGGGAUUGCGAUCGGAUCACAGUGUUGAAUCACGUGAAAGCGCAUUACAGAAGAGGCGAGUUUAAUGGCCAAUCAGAACAACGUUCAAACAAUGUGGACGUCAACAACUGCGGUGCUGACCAAAACAGGAGAGAGCCCAUCAGCAUCAAAAUUAAAACAAAACCGUUUAGGACUACAGAUAAUAUUGUCGAUCAAAAUGUAAAACACUGUACCAUGUGCGACGAAACUGUCAAAAACGUUACGGAACUUAAAGCACAUAUGCUGACUCAUCAAAUACCAGAAGAGACCAAAUAUCGAUGCGAAUAUUGUCCGUUUUGGUGUGAAAAGAAAAAAGCCAUGUUAGACCACAUGAAGUAUGCCCACGAAAUGGACAAUGGCAACAACGGCGGUUGUGGUGUUGGAGAGCAAAACGAUAGUCUGGCGGUGACGUCCGUUCGAAGCUCCGAGGAAACUUUGAUGGACGACUUUGAACGCGGUUUCGACGAUACAGAAGUUAAAGACGAACCAAUGGAUGAAGACGAACAAGAUGAUCGAGAAGAUAAUGAUGAGGAAAGAAAAGAAAUCGAAGUCGCCAACAGUAACUGGGCAGCGGCGACGACGACGAUUCCUUUGCCGCCUAUUUACGAUUCCGGCGUAAAACCUAGAAUACCAUUGACGGCCGAAAAGAGGAGGAGUAUUUUCCUUGACGACGGUCAAUUCGACGACGACGACGAUGACGAACACACGGAAAUACCCCAUGGCUUAGGACUUAAAGCUUCCGCCGAUCGCUGCAUUCCUUGUAAUGUGUGCUGGUAUUAUUCGACUUCCAAGAGUGAUAUGGCCGCUCAUAAGCAGCUGCACGUUCGCCGCGGUGCUCUUUACAACUGCGACCGGUGUGUGUACAACGUUACCAAAUUGAGUCUACUCUACGAACACUACAGGUGCGCACACAUGGUCGAAGAACCGCAAAAGUUAUACCCGGAGGAAGCGGUUAUCCGAACGAGUCGCAACGAAAUGUUUGCCAAAAACGGAGAGGUUGGUGGCGGUGAAAACGGCGACGACGGGGUUGACGUGGAUGACACGCCACCGUUGCUGUGGUCGUACAAGGAUGGAACGUUCGGCAAGGUGUACAAAUGUCGUUAUUGCCCGCACACAAACCAGAGACGUCACAACACGAUGGAACACGAGAAGAUGCAUUCGGAUCAUCCGCAACAACAACAACCAAAACAAGAAGCGACGCAAGCCGACGGCGACUCGUCGAAUGCCUUGCAUAGCUCUUCGAACACUAGCGUUUUGGAAAAUUCGCCCAUGCAUCCUUGUAAACGGUGCACUUAUAUGUGCAACAAUGCUGGUGUACUUUCUUCGCACCUCAAGGUCCAUUCUGAAGAUUACGGUGUCGCCGUGGGCUUUGUGGACACCACCGUUCGUGAUCUAGUGCAAACCAAAGCGCUCGAGUAUGUGAUAGAGUUAGAAUCCCGAUUGGACACUGUGUGCUCAACUACUAAUGAUGACGGAGACGAUACAAUCGAAGGAGAAACAAAGAAGAGUUCCGUUGACGCGGGCUCCGAGUCCGGUACCGUAAAGUUUUGUCGGCGGUGCCCGGCUCGAUUCCUGAACGCAGACGACUUGUCGUGCCACAGUCGGUACCAUCGGUACCGAUGGUCGUGGACUUGUGACCAAUGUUCGUUUUCAGCUCGCACCCGACAGUUUGUCGACCAACACAAGCCGGUGCACGGGCCCGAGUACGAAUCCGUUACGGUUCGGCUGUUGGAAAAACACGGUGUCAGCCAACGAUACCCGAAACCGGAUGAGUACGAUGACAAAGUCGAUAUAUCGGCGGCGGCGGUGGUCGAAUUGAAAUCUCCUCGGUCAACGAUAAAGAUGGAAGAAGAGUGCGUGGAAAGAGGUGCUGUUGUUGGACGAGAAGAAGAAAAAGUGCAGCGCAACAGAGAGAACGGCGGUGACGAGUAUGCUGCGGCAAAAACAACGUCCAACCGACGGGAAUCCGCCAGACGUUCUGUGAGCUCAGAAGACUCCGCUAACGAAAAAACUACAGUGACGCCAAUAUCAUCAGUUUCCAAGACUCUCGUAACCAGUUCCGCCAAAGGAUACGUCAAACAGUUUACGUGCGAUCGGUGCCCCGGACGGUUCUUCAAGACGGCCGCGCUACAAUAUCACUUGACGCUGCACGGCGGUCCGGGUAAACACAAGUGCAGGCGAUGUGACUAUGCCGUCAGCACGUACGGUAACCUGGUACGACACGAAUCUGUGCACGAAGACUUGCCGGCCCGUGAAAAGACGGUGCGUCCUAAGACCGUCCGCGCUGUCGCGACGGGCGUCGCCGCGAAAAGCGGUUAUGCUGCGUUACCGCCGCCACCGCCCACAAUACCUUUGUCACAAGACGACGGCGGCAUGUCUCCGACGGGGGACUCGAGUAGAGUUACCAUCACCACCACCACAACGACAACCGACGACGACGACGACGACGACGACGAGUAUCUCGAAGACGAUGACGAAAUCGUCGGAAGUCCUAACACGACUGGCAGCUACAAAACGACCAAAAGUGCCAACUCGGCGAAUAGGAGCCCCGAAGCGUCGUCGGGUAGUCCCGAUGCCGAAUUCGGCGUGCAAAUGUUGGGCCAUCCGAAUUUCUACUAUCCGACCACGGUUAAAAACGGUGUGGCCAAACAGAAACGAUACAAAUGCGCAAAGUGUCCGUCGGCUUUUGACAAGCGCGACCAGUACAAGGUGCACCUGACGCUGCACGGAGCCGACGACAAGUACAAGUGCGACAAAUGCGAUUAUUCGGUCAAGUACACGGCUAACUACGUGCAACACCAACGGAAGCACGCGUUGGACGCAGAAUUGCGAAGCGCCGCGGUGGCGGCGGCCAAAACAACGGCGUGUAACGGGCUGGUAGACGGCGGCGCGGCCAUUGAAAACCAAGUGGAAAUAAAAGAAGAAAUGCUGGAAGGAGAUGCGGACAAAGAAGGGGCGGCCACAGUCGUGUCCGGAGAAGAUUGCGGCGAAGAAGACUCUGGGAAAGACGGCAGGAGUCGCUCAGACAGAGAACAUACGAAAUGCAUUGAAACGAUCAACAGUAAACGGGCCGCUGACGCAAACCGAAGUCUCCGUCGGUGUUGCGACGGAGCAGCGACGCCGGUGACUCCAACCGUGGACAGACGUCAGAUGUUCCGCAACGAGAUAUCCGACGAACAGACUGCCUACGAACUGAACGCCGCCUACGCCGAAGUUUACAAGUGCGCCGAAUGUCCGUUCGAAUGCGGCGGCCGUACGGAGCUGGACAAGCACUCCGUUCACCAUUCGUCCAAACGCUGGAAACGGUUGUGCCCGUUCUGCACUUACGUGACGCAGACCGAAAGCGAUCUGUCCGACCACUUGCGCGUGCAUUUCGCCCGGCCGUCAGACACCACGGCGGACUUUGUCCACCGUGCUGAAAACGAAAACGGACAAAUCGAGUACUACGGUAAACGGGUGUACCCGGCCAGAGAGGGAGGAGGAGGCGACCGUAAAGACGAUGGACGAAGCGAAGAAAACGGCGAAGAGGAACCGUUUUUCGUGUUUGGCGACGAUCGGUUCGACGGCAGCAUCAGGUUCCAACCUCAAUGUGAGCCAAUAUGCAUCGACUACAACGACAACAGCACGACAAUGACGGGGGGGCCACGAGGAGAGGAAACCGCAGCCAAACCGGCUUUUGUCAAGAUGUUAACGGCCGGGCGUGUAGAGUUGGUUGACGGAGGAGGUAAGAAGAAAAAGAAAAAGUAAAAAACAAAGAUCCCAUAUAAGAAAAAUGCCAAAAUACACCAAAGUAUUGACAAGACUAUACUACAAUCCUGGACCACAAUGACAAGUUUCGCGUGACCACCACCUUCAUCCGUUAAAUAUUUGUUGUUCUUUUUGUUGACUUUUAUUUUUAUUAUUAUUAUUAUUUUUUUUAGUUCUAGUUGUUACAUUCAAAAUAUUUGUGUGUACAAAUUGUACACAAUUCACCACCAACAGUACUCGACAAUUGUAUAGCAUAAUUGAAUUUUUUUUGUAUUAAUAAUGUUAAUCGUCGAGUUGGGCGUUAAUUUUAAAUUUUUUCAAGUACCACACCAUUUUACUUAUACCAUUUAUUUAACUAUCACAAUUAAUUAUUCCGUUUAACUUAUUCUAUUUAUUUAUUUUUAUUUACUUGUGUAUUUGCCAAUAGUCGUUAGGUAAUCACAUUAUCGUUAGUCUACUUGUCAACAGACUUUGAGGGGUUUAUAGCUCGUAGACUAGACAAACUAGAACAAUGACAAUUUUAUUCUUUUCUAAUAUUUACAUUGGGAUAGUAGUUUUAACAAUACUUAACAUACUUUAUUUAAACUUAUAACCCUUUAAUUUGGUUUUAAAAAUUAAUUAUUAUUAUUAUCAUUAUCAAGACACUCGAUUAAGGCGCACAAGUUUUAUUAUUAUAUAUACUUUUUGUUAUUGUAAAUAUAUAAAGUAGUAUUUUUUUUUUUGUAAUUUAUAAUUGUUAUGUCAUUAUAGGGCGUAUAUUAUACGUUAUUUUAUAUACAAAAAAAAUGUAUUCAAGUAGGUGGACUAUUUAAUUUAUUUAUUUGUUGUUUACAAGUUGAUUAGUACAAGUACCUUAAAAUUAUCGCAUACGGAUGUGUUUUGUGUGUCUCAUAAGUAAAUAUAAAAAACAUGCAAGUACAUGUGCCUGUGCCAUUAUUUAUAGCUGAUAACUUAAUGGGAAUGUACAUUACUUAUUGUCAAGCUAAAAUUCUCCUAAUUAUUCACAUACAACUUACACGUAUAUAUUUAUAGGUAUGUUUAUUAAUAUAUAAAUUGUAUAUGGUAUUAAUUUAUUGUAAUGUUUAAUGUUUGUUAUAUUAAACAGCACGAAUAUAUUCUCAAUAUUUGUACAGAUAUAGCAGUUUCGAAUUAUAUGCAUAUUCGUAUUGGUUUGACACAAGGGUAACUUUAUUUAUAUUGCACUGUACAUGUGUAUCACUAGUAUAAAAAAUACAUUAUAUGAUGUUAUAUAAAAAAUACACGUUGUAAAUGUAUAUAUUUUUUUGGUUUUAUGUACUCACCAGGUAGCAUUAUUAUUUUAGAUGAAAACAAAUUAAUAAAUUAUUAUGUAUGUUGUUGAA